AACGAAGGUAACGCCGCCAGUGGCGAAUAGCUCAAUUAUCAAAUAUGGCGAACCGCACGGUAAAAGACGCGAAAUCAAUUCGCGGCACUAAUCCGCAAUAUUUAGUUGAAAAAAUAAUAAGAUCUCGAGUUUACGAUUCGAAAUAUUGGAAGGAAGAAUGUUUCGCUUUAACUGCAGAAUUACUUGUCGACAAAGCUAUGGAAUUAAAAUUCAUAGGCGGAGUUUACGGUGGAAACGUCAAACCAACGCCAUUUCUAUGUUUAAUAUUAAAAAUGUUGCAAAUACAGCCAGAAAAAGAUAUCAUAGUGGAAUUUAUAAAGAACGAGGAAUUUAAAUAUGUUAGAGCAUUAGGUGCACUUUACAUGCGACUGACAGGUUCGUCAUUAGAUUGUUACAAAUAUUUGGAACCUUUGUUCAACGAUAAUAGAAAAUUAAGGAAACAAAAUAAGCAAGGUUUUUAUGAGCUGAUUCACAUGGACGAAUUCAUUGACGAGCUUCUACGUGAAGAGAGAUCGUGCGAUGUUAUUUUGCCAAGGAUUCAAAAGCGACAUGUUUUGGAAGAAAAUAAUGAAUUAGAAGCAAAAGUAUCCGCUUUGGAAGAUGACAUGGAUGAAGGAUUAGAGACAUCGGAGGAUGAAGACAUACCUCCUGUCAAAGAAGAAAAUCGCAAGAGAACGGAAGAUCAUGAGAGAGAUCGAGAGCGUCACAGAGACAGAGACAAGAGGCAUUCUCGUUCUGACAAAAAAUCUGAUAGAGAAAAGCAAAGAUCACGGAGCAGAGAUAGGGACAGAGAUAGGAGAGAACGUAAACGAAGUAAAUCACCAAAGACUCAUUCCUCUUCGCACAAAGAUAAAGACAGGGACAAGGAUAGACAUAGGCGAGACGACAGAGAUAGGGAUAGAGAUAGGGAAAGAGAAAGGGAAAGGGAAAGGGAUAGAAGAAGAGACCGUGAUAGAACUAGGCAUUGAAAUUAUGUGUGUGUGUGAAAGACUGCGUGUGAAAGAAUUUACAUUAAUAUUAUUUUUAAGAUACGUAUAAAUAAAAUCAAUCAUCUUU